AUGAUUUUGGAUAAAUUUGUUUUGCCAAAACCAAAAGCGCAGCAGCUGAGCGAGUGCGUCCGCCAUCAUCAAUCAAAUUAUAAAAUCGAAACCGAACGAAACCGUUGAAAGACAAAAAAAUAAAAAAGAAAUAUAAGGAAUUGUAAUUAACUUUUGAAAGGCCUUUUGUUGUUAUCUUGUUGAUAAAUUUAUUUAUUAUUUAUUAAUUCAUCGACGGAAGGAAAAAUUUAAAGCAAAAAACAGAAAAAUCAAAACAAAAUGAGUUCAACUGAGGAAGCACCAGCAGCAGCCCAAGAGCCACAGUCAAGUCCACGUGAUUUGGAAAAAAUCGAAGAGGAGAAACUAAAAUCAAAAUACCCUGGAGCUGGAAUGCGGGGACCUGGCGGACAUUCAGCGUUCCUACAAAAAAGACUACAAAAAGGACAAAAAUUCUUCGAUUCUGGAGACUAUCAAAUGGCCAAGCAAAAAGGUGGCAGUGUUAAACAGGUUUUCGCGAAUAAAGUCUCCACCGGUGAAGCGAUCCCAACACCAGAAACAGUGCCUGCUCGUAAGACUUCAAUCAUACAGCCAUGCAACAAAUUCCAAACAACGAGUUAAUUUCCAAUUAUCUCCCUUCUACCCAGCCCCUCUUCCCUCUUUCCUCCUUCUACCCCUCUCAAUGUCCUAAAUAUUUCCCAAUUAUUAAAACUAUACUCUCCACCUUAAACUAAAACAGUGAACCGAGGAUCAUUAUGUCCUUAACAAAGAAAAUAAAAACUAAAAAAAAGUUACAAAAACAAAAAAACAUAAUACUAUAUUAAUAAUACUACUCAUACAAUUUAUAAUAAUUAUUAUUAUUGUUUUUUCUCGCUAGAAGAUUUAAUUCCUUUGUCAUUAUUAUUAUAUUUUCUUUUUUUGUUUCUAUUCUAUUCUUGAUCAAGUUGUAUUUAUUUUCUUGUAUUAAAAAACAAUUUUCCUAGUAUACAUAAACCUUAAUUUGUUUUGCUCGCUUGUUUGCUUUUUUUCUUUUUCCCUCAAAAGUAUUGUCAAUAAAAACAAACAAAUUUAAAUUAAAAAACAAAAAAACAAAACAGCAGCGUAAAAAAUUAAAUAUUUUUAAUAAAAUUGUUGCUCUGAGAGCUUAAAAAAUA